AUGAAAUCUAAGAAAAUACAUAAAAACGAAGGCCAACAAGGUUCUCCAACUUCAGUAGAAACAACUAAACAUAUUGAAGAAAUCUCAAAAGGUACUCCAAAGACAAAAAAGAGAAUUAAAAAACUAAAUAUAGAACAGCAACAGCAACAGGAGAAAAUCAAAGAAUCCGAGCCUGUUUCUUCGGAGCCAUUACCAGAGAUUCCACGUACUGGCUUUAAAAUACUUCCAAUAAUAACACCUUUCACGACAGGAGUCAUUAAUGGUCCCGCUGAACCAACUCAUUACUGUUACAUAAAGCAGCAUGAAACACGUAAACCGAAUCCAAAUACUCCGAUUGAUAGGAUUUUAUUCAUUUCGAACUUACCAGUAGACGCGACUAAACAGCAUAUAAAGCAUUUAUUUAAAGAAUGUGGGAAUGUGGAAAGUGUCAUUUUUCAAGGGGUGCUGAAAUUGCAUGACGAGUACCCAAAAGAUAUAAUAAAGCUUGAGCAAAAAAUUAACAAUGAUGAAGACGUAUUGAUCAGGCAAUUGCUGGUCCAUGGUUCUUCGGCCCUUAUUAUUUUCGAAGAGAAGGAAGGUCUUAUCAAUGCUUUAAAUAUGAAACAGGGGAAAAGAAUAUGGAGUGCUGGCGAUGAAAAGAUUCCUCCUUUAGGAUUAGAGAAAUGGAUACAAGAAUAUCAAUUACUCCGAAAAUCUCCCGACAUACUUCAAGCAGGGGUUGAUAAAUUUAUGUUAGAAUACGAAGAAGCCGAAAAGGAACGACAACGAAAGCUAGAAGCUAACUUAAAUAAACCUGACGAGGACGGAUUUAUUCUAGUGACAAGGGCUGCCAGACGUAACGUUAAUACAGAUGGUGACAUUGCAGUAACUGCAGCCAAAGCUGAGGAAAUUAAAAAUCUUCAGCCAAAAAAACGAGAAUUGACUGAUUUUUAUCGAUUUCAGUUGCGAGAGACUAAACGAAAUAAACUUAUUGAAUUACGUAAAAAAUUCGAACAAGACAAACAGAAAAUUGCACAAUUAAAAGCCGCAAGACGGUUCACGCCUUAUUGA